CAGCAUGCCGUCGGGUUUCCAGCCUAUAGGCUCCGAGGAUGGGGAACCCUCUCAGCAGCGAGUGACAGGGACACUUGUCCUUGCUGUGUUCUCUGCUGUGCUUGGCUCCCUGCAGUUUGGAUACAACAUUGGAGUCAUCAAUGCCCCCCAGAAGGUGAUUGAACAGAGCUACAAUGAAACAUGGCUGGGGAGGCAGGGACCUAGCGGGCCCGGCUCCAUCCCACCAGCCACUCUCACUACCCUCUGGGCUCUCUCUGUGGCUAUCUUUUCUGUGGGCGGCAUGAUCUCCUCCUUCCUUAUUGGCAUCAUCUCCCAGUGGCUGGGAAGGAAGAGGGCCAUGAUAGUCAACAACAUCCUGGCAGUGCUGGGUGGUGCCCUCAUGGGCCUGGCCAACGUUGCUGCCUCCUAUGAGAUGCUCAUUCUCGGACGGUUCCUCAUUGGGGCCUAUUCAGGAUUGACAUCAGGGUUGGUGCCCAUGUAUGUGGGGGAGAUUGCCCCUACUCACCUACGGGGUGCUUUGGGGACUCUCAACCAACUGGCCAUCGUCAUUGGGAUUCUGAUUGCCCAGGUUUUGGGCUUGGAGUCUAUACUGGGCACUGCCACCCUGUGGCCACUGCUCCUGGGCCUCACAGUGCUGCCUGCCUUCCUGCAGCUGGUGUUGCUGCCUUUCUGUCCAGAGAGUCCACGUUACCUCUACAUCAUCCGGAACCUGGAGGGACCCGCCCGAAAGAGUCUUAAGCGCCUAACCGGCUGGGCAGAUGUGUCUGAAGCACUGGCAGAGCUGAAAGAGGAGAAGCGGAAGCUGGAGCGAGAGCGGUCCUUGUCCCUGCUCCAGCUCCUGGGCAGCCGGACCCAUCGGCAGCCCCUCAUCAUUGCAGUUGUUUUGCAGCUGAGCCAGCAGCUCUCGGGCAUCAAUGCCGUCUUUUAUUACUCAACCAGCAUCUUCGAGACAGCAGGGGUCGGGCAGCCAGCCUAUGCCACCAUAGGAGCUGGUGUGGUCAACACAGUCUUCACCCUGGUUUCGGUAUUCUUGGUAGAGCGGGCUGGACGUCGGACACUGCAUCUUUUGGGCCUGGCAGGAAUGUGUGGCUGUGCCAUCUUGAUGACUGUGGCUCUGCUGCUUCUGGAGCGAGUUCCAGCCAUGAGCUAUGUCUCCAUCGUGGCCAUCUUUGGCUUUGUGGCCUUCUUUGAGAUUGGCCCUGGUCCAAUCCCCUGGUUCAUCGUGGCUGAGCUCUUCAGCCAAGGACCACGUCCUGCAGCGAUGGCUGUGGCUGGGUUUUCCAACUGGACCUGCAACUUCAUCAUUGGCAUGGGCUUCCAGUAUGUUGCGGAGGCUAUGGGUCCCUAUGUCUUCCUCCUAUUUGCGGUCCUCCUGCUCGGCUUCUUCACCUUCACCUUCUUAAAAGUGCCUGAGACCCGAGGCCGGACAUUUGACCAGAUCUCAGCUGCCUUCCGUCGGACUCCCUCUCUUUUAGAGCAGGAGGUGAAACCCAGCACAGAACUGGAGUACUUAGGGCCAGAUGAGAACGACUGAUGGGGCUCCAUGGCAGAGGGGAGAAGCAGCCUUCUCUCACUCCACCUCUCAGAGCCCCUCCUUU